CAAAUGUUUACUGCUGCUACAAGUGGACUCUCAAAGGAACAUCCUGCUUCCAGAAACUGCUACCCAGGCUAAAUCCACGAGCAUUCUACGUUGCCUACUAGAGCUCUCUAAUUCCUAGCAAUUGACCUUGUCCACUUUUGUCAUACCUCAUCAGAGAUUCAUUCACAGCGAGGCUGAUAGAACGAGCCUGAAUGCGCGAGAGUCCAGACUUCUUCCCUGCCAAGAUGACAAUGCAAGUGCUGGCUGGCAGGAGCCAUCCAUUGUUUUCUCAACAAGUGAUUAAAAAGCUUGGGAGCAAGUAUGGAUCGCCAGGACUGGUGUCGUCGCGAUUCUCGAACGGCGAGACCAUUGUUGUGAUUCAAGACUCAGUUCGAGAUGGAGAUGUUUUUGUGAUACAAACCGCAUCAGACCCCGUCAAUGACAUGCUGAUGGAGCUGCUGAUCACUGUGAAUGCAUGCAAGACUGCUUCAGCGCGUCGAAUAACAGCAGUGCUGCCUUGUUUCCCAUAUGCACGACAAGACAAGAAAGAUCGGAGUCGAGCCCCCAUCACUGCCAAAUUAGUGGCCAAUAUGUUGGAAACAGCUGGGUGCAACCACAUCAUCACCAUGGAUCUUCAUGCAUCGCAAAUCCAGGGCUUCUUUAACAUUCCUGUUGACAAUCUUUAUGCUGAGACGGCCAUGGUUGAUUACAUUAAACAAGAGAUGUCUCUGGAGGAUGUGGUGAUCGUUUCUCCUGAUGCCGGGGGAGCAAAGAGGGCCGCAAUUAUUGCAGACAAGCUUCGGGUUGAUCUUGCGCUGAUUCACAAAGAGCGCAAAGUUGCCAAUCAAGUCAGCCGCAUGAUCCUGGUUGGGUCUGUAACCGGCAAGACAGCCAUUGUGGUGGAUGACAUUGCAGACACCUGUGGAACUCUAGCCCUUGCAUCACAGGUCCUUAUGGACAAUGGGGCUCGAAGCUGUUGUGCGAUUGUCACCCACGGCUUUUUGACAGGCCCAGCGAUUGAGCGGAUAGAGAAGAGCUCGCUGGACCGGUUGGUCGUCUCAAACACCUUACCUCUAUCCGACGAAGCCCUGCAAUGUCGCAAAAUUCACACGAUUGACAUCAGUGGCAUUAUAGCUGAGGCAGUUAGACGGACGCAUAACAGUGAAUCAAUUUCGCAGUUAUUCUCAUAGACCGGGACUAUAGACGAGAAGCCAGUGGCUAUUACCAUCCAAAAUACUCUCUCGUGAGACAAGAAAAAGAAGAGAUGGGACACAUAAGAGGAAGCCUGGUACAAGAAAUAAGUAUCAGUGGGUUGCGACUGCCCUGGGUGCAAGCUCGCACCCUUCGCACCUUCCUCUAUCGUCCGAGUGGGAAUUCCCAGUCUGGAAGGAGCAACUUUGCGACAGGAAGGAACGACUCUUAAAGAGGCAAUAAUCUUCUCUAUACAGAAGCUCGUCUCAAGUAUCUCAAUAUUGAGGAAUCAAUUUUCA